AUGGCUGUUGACCCUAACAUCGUAGCCAUCUUUGGACCACCGCCCAACGGGCUGGAUCUCGAGAAGAAUGUCAUCGCCACGUACAACGUCGUCGUUUGUGUUGUUCUCGGUAUUGCUGUCACAGUUGUUGCUUUGCGGUUUUACGUGAGGAACAUGAAGUCGGCGAACAUUGAGAUGGAUGAUUGGGCCGUGUUGGUCAGUUUGUUUUGUGCUUCAGCAACUGUCGCUAUGACAAUAUUGGCUGGAGAGCAUGGCUCUGGAGCUCAUGUAUGGUCAAUCAAGCUCACGACUCUUGUUGACGUCUUCAAGAUCGUCUACGCCGAACCUUUUGUAUACGCCCUCGCCGUCACAUCCGUCAAAAUCAGCAUCCUCCUCCUCUACCGCCGCCUCUUCCCCCUCGGCAUCGACAAAAACCGAGUCUACACAAUAAUGUUCUGGAUAGCGACCUUUUUGACGACCGUGUACCCAUUCAUCCUCUGGAUCACCAUGCCAUUCGCCUGUCGACCCGUCAGUCAUUUCUGGAACCAGUAUCUUGGGGCUAAGGGCAAAUGCAUCGAAGUAAAGCUGUUCUUCCUUGUUCUUGGGAUCAUGAACAUGAUGAACGAUAUCAUCAUUUUGACUGUUCCGAUACCAAGAAUUUGGACACUGCAUAUGAACAAUAAGACUAAGAUUUCUAUCAUUUGCAUUAUGCUUCUUGGCAGUUUUGUCUGUGUUGCCAGUAUCGCGCGUAUUUACUACCUCUGGGGCUUCUUCCAAAACCUCGACGCGACAUGGUGGAUGGGUUCGUCAUUCGCGUGGUCCAGUCUCGAGCCCUCCGUCGCUGUCAUCUCGGCUUGUCUCCCCACGCUAGCGCCUCUGUUCCGCAUUAAACGCAUCAAUUCUACUUCACGGGGUACACCAUCAGGACCAACUGACCUCUCCAAGUCUGGUUCCAAACACUUUCAACUCUUCAGUGUGAGCAGGACUAAGGGCAAUGCUUUUGGCAGUGACGAUGAUGAGGUCGAGUUGACAUAUGAUGUCGGGAGGGGCGGGACUGGAGAUGGGUCCAUCUGGAAGAAUCAGGGGAGCUCGGCUGCAGAGUAA